GGCAAAGUUUGCUUUCAGUUUCAUUCUGAACGUGUCAGAGGAAACCCCUCCCUCAUAAGGAGUCUAGGAUAAGACAGAGAGCAGAAGCACGAGCACAGGAGACGACAAGAUGACUGCCUCAAGGAACAAACUGAAGAGGUUUUUGAGACAGUACAUUUCAGACACCUUCACUGACAUUACCACCGUGACAGACUUCAUCAACAAAAGCUCUCAAUGGAUAGAGGAAAGAGAGGAAGAGUCAAAGAAAAUGAGAAGAGCAGAAAAGGACCCAGAGAGCGGCUACAGAGAUGAGGCUGAUCUGAAGGAGGGACUGGAGCCGACUCUGAGGGGUCUGAAGGAGAUGCAGAUCUUUCUGGAGGCAGUAAAGAAGUUAGCAGUGACUUCAGAUCAUGUGUUUGACCAGAACCUGGUUCAGCUGCUGUCUGAAGACACUGAUCUGGAGUUAGUGAAGAAGAUCAUAUCUGUCUGUCAGCUCAUCUGUCCUUUUCUCCUCUCGUUCAAACGAGACGAUGCAGCUUUCUUCAGCCCCAAACUGGAGAAUCUGGAAGUGAUGCAGGUUCAGCUAAAACAGUACAUUACAAGCAUAAGACACAUCUAUGCUUUCCUCAGACAAGAAUCCCUGACAGAUUUGCGUUUGGACAUGAAUUCAGUUGAUGUGGAUCUAUCAGGAGUAUCUGAAGGUGACAUUGAGCAGAUGUUUCUUCACUUGAAGCUGCUCCAAGAAAUCAGGGACGACAAACACUUCAGGAUGGUGUUCUUGUUCCAGAACAAACACAGAACCUUCACGAGGGCAUUCAGACAGAAGAAGAAGGUGAUGUUGCAGUUUCUGGAGGAUGUAGAGGCCUGUGCAGUGAAGUUAGAUGAAAUGACAAAAGGGACACGGAUCUCCAAUGUGGUGGGCAGUUCAGUGGGGUUGGUGGGAGGGAUACUGUCCAUCAUUGGUUUGACUCUGAUCUCUGUAACAUUUGGGGCGUCUAUGGGUCUGCUUGGGGCUGGAACUGCACUUGCAGUUCUUUCAGGACUAAACGCUGUAACCACCCUGUUUGCAGAAAAGGGAGUCAACCAUACACAAAAGAAAGAGGCUGAAAAGAGAUUUGAAAACUUUAUGGAAGAUAUGAAGUUUCUGCAGAAUUGUCUGGAUGAUGUUAUCAACCAACAUAUUGAACAUGUCCCAGAAAACCCCACCCAGAAUGCCAGGAUGGCCAAUGAUUGUGCUUCUGUUCUUAAAGGCGGAGGUAAUAUAAUUGGAAAAGGUGCAGAAGUGGGCAUGGCAAUUGCCAAAGGUGCAAGAGGCGGGUUCAUUGCACUAAAUGCCCUUUUUAUUGGUGUGGAUGUGUUUGUUAUUGUCAAUAACAGCAUAGAUCUGUACAAAGGUGCUCCAAAUGAGGACUCAAAGUUCCUGAGGGCCAGAGCAGCUCUGUGGAAGUCAGAGAUCGACUCUAUGCAGCAGAUCUGUGAUUCUCUGAAGGAAGGGCAACAACAAUAUGAAGAUAAAAAACAACAACUCCAGAGGCUCUUCUAUGAGGGCUGAGGGAGAGUCUGAACAUGACAAAGCACUUAUUUUAAGACUUAUGUGUUUGUGAAACAUGACAGUAUAUAUAAAUAUGUGUGUGAUGUAAAAGAGUCAAGAGUACAGGGCAGUGUGAAGCAGAGUCUGCAGCUGUGCCCAUCCAGACCCAAUGUAAGUGUAAUGUUUCUGUUUUUAUGUAAAUAUGCUGUUUCCACUGAUUAAACUCACCUUUUGUUUUGCUCUACUUAAAUAAAAAUCAUAAAAUAAUCAUAAA